GCCGUUCUUCAUCUCCCCAGUCGCUCUGCGCUGCCGCUUUCGUCCUCUCUGCAACCCCUCCUUCCCCUCCCGCAAGCCCCCGCUACCACCGCCGGCGUUUCGCUGCCGUGGCACCGCUGUGCCUGUAACUGCUCACCAGAGUACGAGACCUCCCUAUCUUCGUUCUUCUCCUCCCCACUCCCCCCGCACUGCUGCUCUCAUUCUCUCCUCAACCUUUCCUUCCCCUCCCGCAAGCCCCCGCUGCCACCGCCGGCGUUCGCUGCCGUGGCACCGCUGCAACUGCUCGCCGGAGUAUGAGCAGUUUGACGUGCUGUACAAGGUGGGCUGCAACCAGAUUUGGUGGAGCUGCAAGCAGCAAAGGCAAGUGGUGGAAACGGCGACGGACUCCGCUGCUAGCGGUCGACGCCUAGCUGGACCGGCGAAGUCCAUGCUACAUACAGCAAGACGGUGAGCACGACCUCGUGCACGAUAGGGCAUGGGAUUUUGCUGCAACUGUGCAGCGGAAGAGCUGGCAUGGGCGAACCAUUUUGCUACCACCCACCCCCCAAAAUCUACUACCAUGGUGAUUUUUGCUGGAAUCGGUGAACCAUUUUGCUACAUCCGGUUUUGGUUUUUGUUAUUACCAGUGUUUUUUGGAUUUUUGCUACAUCCAUCUCCAUGACAUUGUCUAUUUUUCCAAUCGAUUUUUGCUACAACCAUGCUUUAAUUUUAUUAGAACCAGACCAUGUUUUUGCUACCACCCACCCACCAAAAAAUCUACGACCACGGUGAUUUUUGUUGCAUUUGUGUUUUUUUGCUGGAACCAUAAACUGAUUUUGCUGGAUCCAUGUAAUUUUUUUGUGACAAGCAUAUUAAUGUUUUUGCUGAAACCAUCUCAUUUUUCGCUGGAAACACACAAUUUUUUUGCUGGAAUCAUAAUCUAAUUUUGCUGGAUCCACAAUCUGAUUUCUGCUGGAAAAGCUUCAACCGUCUGUGAAAAGCUUCAACCUUGGAAAAAGCUUCAAUGGCCAUGGAAAGGAGAGGUUCAUUGUGUUUUUUUGCUGGAACCAUGAUCUGAUUUUGCUGGAUUCAUGUAAUUUUUUUGUGACAAGUAUAUCAAUGUUUUUGCUGAAACCAUCUCAUUUUUUGCUAGAAACACACAAUUUUUUUUGCUGGAACCAUAAUCUAAUUUUGCUGGAUCCAUAAUCUGAUUUUGCUGGAAAAGUUUCAACCGUUUGUGAAAAGCUUCAAUCUUGGAAAAAGCUUCAAUGGCCAUGGAAAGGAGAGCUUCAAUCCGGCAUGGCAGUCGACGGCAUGGGCGGUGCUGCAUCGCCACCAAGCUACAUCCAUCACCACGCGGAGCUGCAACCAGAGGGUGUAGCUAUUGCAUGAGUGGAGCCAGGAACAAGGGCGGUGACCGGCGACGAGGACGCCGCGGUGGUGCUUCAAGUUCGGCGGUGGCGCUGCAAUUUUUAUCGCAGGGGGGUGGGAGGGGGCGAGGACGACUGCGAGGAGGAUGAAGCUGGGGUCAGAUCUAGCGAUUUUAAUCGCGCGUAUCAGGCGGACAGGGCUCGACCGGCCCAACCGUUUCGCCCGUGCGCCGGCGCCUAGCGUCACCUUUAAAAAGAACCCAAACAACUGAUCCAUUAAGUUUUAAGCGGAAUUAUGACAGCUCGGAUUCACUCGUUAGGUUGACUCUGUUAGCUUUGACCAUUAAUCGGUUAUGACAGGUGGGCCUCACAUAUUUUUAAAAUGCAAUCAGGCCCAUACAAAAAAGCAAUCAAGUCCCCGGAUUUUUAUUAAAGCAAUCAGGUCCCCAUGAAAAAAGUAUAAAAAGCAACGAGUCCCCGCAGAUGAGCUUGUCGCCGGAGUCGACCAAGGGACCCAUGGGCAUGGCUAGGAAGAGAAGAUAUGGAGAGAAGAUAAAGAAUAAGGAGGAGGAGGAGGAGAAAGAAGAAGAAAGAGCUGACAUGUAGGUCCCGCAUGUCAGUUGACGGUUAAAUAAAUAGUCAACAGAUGGUGUAGUUAGGAGCAGGCCCGACCUGUCAUAAUCCGGAUCAAUUUUAAACAACGUGGUCAUUUGGGUUCUUCAAAACAGCAAACCAAAAUUGUGGUAGCUUUUUAAAAAAAAUUAAGAAAACAAAUAGUUUUUUUAACCCUAGCCCAUAAGAGCAUCUACAGCCGGACUUGACAAAUCCGACUCUUCAAACGCCCGUGGACGCAUCCGCGGACAGUGACCGAUCAUGCCUCAAAAGAUGCAUUAUGCAUUCCACAUCCGGAUACCUCAAAUCCAUAUUAUUACAUGCAAAUCAGCAAUCUUUGAGCAAAGCUUCGUCCGGUUCCGCUCUGCUCGUCCGCCUCCGCCGUGGCCAUGUCUGGCGGCCGGCUGCGUCCAUCGGAGUGUUGGUCCGGUCGCCGGCAGGGUACAAUAGGGCAUGGGACACGGGCUGGCUCAUGGGACUCAAGGCACUGUCGUCUCCCAUCCCCUACUCUUCCUCGUCGGAGCUCAGAACCCGAACGGUGCCGAUGGACGUCAGAUCGAGGAUAGGCCCGUCUUGGGAGGAGCCAGCUACAUUCAUCAUGACGUGGUUGCGGCCUCCGGACCGGUGCACCGUACGAGGUGCCGGAGAAUGCGACUCCGCCUCGCCAACGUCCACCGCCGUGAGCGUUGCCGCCAUGUCCCGUGCCCGCAGCCGCGCCAUGUUUGCAUCGGACAACGCCACGGUGCGUCCAUGGUCUUGGCGCGCCAACGGAAGGGUUGCGGGUCCGCCACCGCGUUCGGACGCCAGACGGACCGCACCGUGUCCGCGAGGCAGCGACGACUGCCCUAGCGCCGGAUCCAUGCGUCAUUUGGGCGGACGCAAUGGAUUCCCGGCAAAAGGAGUCCGCCCGCUGUCGUGCACAGGCCUCUCAUAUCCGUCCCAUAUUUGGGCUGGAUAUAAGGGGUGCCGGUCAGUCCGGACGUUUGAGACGCCCGUCCGGGUCAAAAGUUUGCGACCGAACACCGAGCGGCCCACUUGGACGUAUAAGACCUUUUCCAAUGCAAAGGUGCUUAGAGAAUGUGCUAAGUGCAUUAAAUAGCUUAGCAAUUCAACUCCCCAAUGCAUAGACGCUUGACUUGUUGUUGCUAAACUCACUUUAUUUAAUGAUUUAGCACCUAAAAUCUUUUAUGCAUUCGUCAUAUUUUUUUAUUCAAGUGGUUUGCCUAGGUUCACGUGUUUGGCAUUGGUUCUUCCUGAGGUCACCAAAAUGUUCUCUCUCCUCCUUAAUUACUGUGUCAUGUCAUUUUUUGCUUAGGUGGCAUGCUUAGCACCUAAGAUGGGUUUGAGACACCCGGCAUUAGAUGCUUUAAUGUGGUAUUUUUAUUUUAUUUUUGCUAUUUACUCGCUUUAUCCCCGCUUUCCCCCUCUUAGUCGCUUUAUCCCCGCUUUCCCCCUCUUAGUCGCUUUAUCCCCACUAGUAGUUUCCCGGCAGGGAACGACGGCAGCUAAAGUACCGAGCCGCUCCCGGAGUUUGCCGGACCGACGCGGCCGGGUUGGCGGAAAACUGGGGGCGCCAAAACGGAGGGCACACCGCACUCCACUCGUGCACAUGCUCCUCCUAGUGUGCACGCUCCCUGCUCUGCCAACCCCGAUGGAUCGAUGCCCCCUCUUAUCCAGUUGCAGUGGAGCUGAGUGCACGUGAGAUGGUUUUACAUUAUACGACCAACGACAACGAGGCACGGGCGGCGCCACCUGUGCUCUGCCGCAGCGCCGACCCACCCUGCCCGCCCGCCCGCCCGCCGGUAUAGCCAGCUCGCCUGCCUGAACCACCGCCCAAAACCAUGGUCUCGCUUCCCUUUCCACCGUAUCGUCUUUCUUGCGCGCACGCCGGUUGCCGGUUUCCUGCAGCCUAUAUAAAUCCGGCGGGAGCACAUCUCCGACCCAUCUCACUCACUCGCACUGACACAGCCACACUGCUGCUGAUACUUCACUGCUACUGCCAGUUCCCUUCCCUCGGAUCUCGUGCCACCAGUCUCUCGCCGGCGAAGAUGUCUACGGUGACCCGCGCCCACCUCGACCAGAGGCUCGCCGCCGCCAAACGCUGCUCCAGAGAGGCAGCCAUGGCGGGAGCCAAGGCCGCGGCCGUCGCCACCGUCGCCGCCGCAGUCCCCACCCUGGCUAGCGUGAGGAUGCUGCCAUGGGCCAAGGCGAACCUGAACCCCACCGGGCAGGCCCUCAUCAUCUCCACCGUCGCCGGGAUGGCCUACUUCAUCGUCGCCGACAAGACCAUCCUCUCCAUGGCCAGGAAGCACUCCUUCCAGGACGCGCCGGAGCACCUCAAGAACACCUCCUUCCACUAGUUAGCCUAUAAUUGAUCCAUUAGUAAUGCGCAGCGACGGCCUGAAAGAUAGUAUAAUGUCCAGCACUUAUCUGAUAUCAGGCCAAGUUCGCAGACAGUGAGUGGUGUAGCACUGCGCUUCUCUGCCGCUCUGCGUGCAAGCACUUGUCUGAUGAUGUAUCCAGCCAGUAAUCUUGAAUUAAUAAUAACCUGCAUCUGUACAACUCA